AUGGCUUUCUCUUGUCCGGUUACGAAAUACCCUACAUUACACGGAUUUGCUAGGCCUUCUAUGGUAUGGCACUCUUCAAAGUCAAGUCCUAGCUACAUAAAUAGGGUUAUGUGUACCUGCAUACUUAUUGACUCGAUUAAGACAUGGACUCAAUGUGAUGAUGAUGAGUAA